AUGUCUCCAAAUUUAGAACAAAUCGCUGAAUUGAAAGGACAUACCGAUCGAGUUUGGUCUGUUGCAUGGUCACCUACAGGAGAUGUUCUAGCUUCAUGUGGAGGAGAUAAAACUGUACGUCUAUGGGUACCAACUUCUGAAAAUGAUUCUUCAGAAUGGACUUGUACACAUGUUUUAGAAGGAGCUCAUAAAAGGACGAUACGAAGUGUUGCAUGGAGUCUGGACGGGCGCCAACUUGCAACUGCUAGCUUUGAUGCACUUACAGGUAUAUGGGAACGAGGAGAUGGUGGAGAUUAUGAAUGUGUCGCAACAUUAGAAGGUCACGAAAAUGAAACAAAAUCGGUUGCGUGGUCUUCGUCAGGUUCUUUACUUGCUACAUGUGGCCGUGAUAAAAGCGUUUGGAUAUGGGAAGCGGCGGAAGAUAAUGAUUUUGAAUGUCUAUCGGUUUUGCAAGAACAUACACAAGAUGUAAAAAUGGUUAUUUGGCAUCCAACCCAUGAAUUAUUGGCAUCGGCAAGUUAUGAUGAUACAAUAAAAAUAUGGCGAGAUGAUGACGAUGAUUGGUAUUGCUCAGAUACAUUGGAGGGACAUGAAAGUACAGUUUGGGCUAUUGAUUUUGAUAAAACUGGUGAUUAUUUAGUGUCCGCUUCAGAUGAUAAAACAAUUAAAUUCUGGAAAAGUUUUCCUAAUAAUAAUCAAGAAGGGAUGGAUACAUAUCGAGUUCACCCUAAAUGGAAAUGCGUGCAUACGUUAAGUGGGCAUCAUUCGCGUUGUAUUUAUUCCGUGAGCUGGUCAAAAGUUCAUGGACGCGUCGCUAGUGGAAGUGGUGAUAAUGUUAUUAGAGUAUUUGAACAGGACAGUUCGUCUCAAGAUGACAUAAAUUCACCAAAUUUUUCAUUAGUUACUUCAGUUUCUUCUGCUCACGGAAUCGCUGAUGUUAAUUGCAUACAAUGGUAUCCUAUUGAAAAGCAUUCUAAUUGGUUGGCAACAGCUGGAGAUGAUGGAAUUGUUAGAAUAUGGAGAUUUGUUGAAUAA